ACCAGGAAGUAAACAAUCACCUGACUUUUCUCAGUGUACCUAGCUGUAAUUUUAUGGCAGCUCGUUAAUUUCGGUAUCGCUUUUCAUGCAUCUAGUCGGCAGUCGUUAACUUCAUUUGUAUUCAACCUGACGGUAGACGUUUCCCGUUGCACAAUGGCCAGCUCGUUUCCCAGUGCACCGGAGCUCGUAGUGGAGGCUCGCCGUGUGUAUGCGCAAAUGUUCGAGGGAGAGGCUCCACAGGUGGCGGUGUGUGCUCCUGGAAGAGUCAACCUGAUAGGGGAGCACACAGACUACAACCAAGGAUUUGUUCUUCCAAUGGCGCUUCCCUUGGUGACUGUGGUGGUAGGGAGUCAAACAUCUGGCCAGGAUGUUACCAUAGUAACAGCGACAGGGGAUGCUGACGAGCCACACAGGGUGAACUUCAGCCUGCCGAGUGAUGGAUCACCACUGUCUCCAGGGUUACCCAGCUGGGCAAACUAUGUGAAGGGGGUUAUACAAAAUUUUAGAGCUUCUCCUCUCCCAGGUUUCAGGGCGGUUAUAGCCAGCAGUGUCCCCCUGGGAGGAGGUCUGUCCAGCUCUGCUUCCCUGGAGGUGGCCUUCUACACAUUCCUGCAGCAACUCAAGCCAGAUGAUGGAGACAAGGUUUCUAAGGCUCUGGCUUGUCAGAAGGCUGAACAUACUCAUGCUGGUGUUCCCUGUGGCAUCAUGGACCAGUUUGUGUCUGUUCUGGGAAGGAAGGAGCAUGCUCUGCUGAUUGACUGCAGGUCACUGGAGGCCACCCCCGUCCCUCUGAUGCACCCUGGCCUGGCCAUUCUCAUCACCAACUCUAAUGUCAAACACUCUCUGGCUGGCAGUGAGUACCCUGUGAGACGCAGACAGUGUGAGGACGCUGCCUCCAUCCUGGGGAAAGACAGUCUCAGAGAUGCUACCAUGAAAAGCCUGGAGGGUGCGAAGGACAGACUGGACGAUGUGACUUAUCGCAGAGCUCGUCAUGUGAUUGAAGAGAUUGAGAGAACUGUCCAGGCUGCUGAAGCUCUGAAGAAAGGAGCCUACAAAGAGUUUGGGAAGCUGAUGGUGGAGAGCCACAACUCCCUGAGAGAUCUCUAUGAGGUGAGCUGCACAGAGCUGGAUGAGCUGGUGUCUGCAGCCAUGGAGGUGGAGGGUGUAUUCGGCAGCCGGAUGACCGGUGGAGGAUUUGGUGGAUGCACUGUGACGCUCCUGCAGGGUGACGCCAUUGACAAGACGAUACUCCAUAUACAGAAGACAUAUCGAGGAACCCCAACUUUCUAUGUGACAACUCCUUCAGAGGGAGCUCGAGUCCUCAGCCUGUCCUGAUUGUUGUCUAUGCGAUUCUGGUAUAUGAGCACAACAAGUUCAUUCCUCUCUGUAAUAUGCCAAUUUCCACUACCAAAAUAACGUUGCACAUACUGGAGCUGAUUAAAAAGCAUUUUUAAUGUAA